AGCUCGACACCCCGACUGCGUGUAUUCUUUCACAGUCGCAUUGCAUAUUUACUAUCGCUGCGACACGUGCGCACUUUUUUGUUAGUGCGCCCAGUUCGAGAGACGCGGCCGCCGCCCGCCGUGUGUACAUUUGCCCUCGCUCAACGUCAUCCACUUCGGAACAGAAAACACCCACAUUCGCGCGUAACCUCACAUACUAUCAGCCACCCGGGCGUCGCCCACCAUGUCUUUCUUCGGCUUUGACACCAACCUGCCCCGGGACCGCGGCCAUCAGACCAACGCCCCUGGCUUUGGACAGCACGAUGCCUUUGCUGGCUUCAGUGGAGGGGCAGCCGAUGACGACGUCAUCGACUUUGAAGAGACGUAUCAAGGUCUGGGCGGGCAGCUCGACGACACCGAUGAUGCCUUCAACGAUGACACCUUCGGCGCCGAUGGACCUGCCACGCAGCAGAGUGUGGGUAAGGACUUCGAUUUCGCCGGUCAGACUUCGAAGAUCUCGAGCACGAUACAGGAGGAGCAGAUGCUGUACCAGGCUCGUCAGGGCUUCUCUCGCCCUGCCCCUCAGCAGCAGCAACAGCAGCAGCAGCAGCAGCAGCAGCAGCAGCAGCAGCAGCAGCAGCGACCGCCCGUCCCCCAGGCCGCGAAGCCCACCAGAACCGGCUAUGAAAGCUACAAGGAUCCUGAGUAUAUCCCUCAACUGGAGGCGCGUGCCGAUAUAUGGGGCUUGAAGCCGAAGCAGCCUGCAGCCCAACGCCAGCAACAACAAGAGUACCAGCCGUCGCCUGUUCAGUACUCUAGCAGCCCCGCUCAGCCGUCUGACGCCUCGAGGAAGAUGAUGAGCUUGGACGAGGUUGAGGCUAUGAUGCGCGGCCAUAGCAUUGGCAACGAGGCUCGAGCUACGCCUCCGGUUCAGCCGCCUCCAGGCAUGGGUUACUCCCAACACUACCCUCAACAGCACCAGCAGCAGUUCUACCAGGGACAGCCGCCGUUCCUCGGUAUGCCCGGUAUGCCCGGUAUGCCCGGUAUGCAGGGAAUGCAGGGCAUGCCACCUGGUAUGCCUCCCGGCUUCCCUGGCCAGCAUGCUCCGCAGAUCUUGCAGCGGCCCCAGCAACAGCAAUUCCAGCAGCCACCGCAGCAGCAGUUCCAGCACAGGCAGGGCCCGCCUCAGCAGCAGCAGCAGCAGUUCCAUGCCGAACUACCUGGGCAGUCCGCACAAACCCCAACACCUCAGCAGCCUACCAUUCUCCAGCGCCAGAAGCCUGAGCCGGCUGCGCAGCAACAAAGGGGUGUCUCGCCUGCGACCCAACCGCAAGGCCCACCGACCCAGCCUCGACAGAUCCUACAGAAUCCCAACCGCCUGUCUGGCCAGGGCCAGCCAAUGGCUCAGCCUGGUCAGCCCGCUCACCGACAGAUGGCUGGAAACGCUCCCGGGCAGCAUAACAGGGGCCCUUCCUUUCCAAUCAUCACGCACCCGGAGCAGCUGCUCAACCUGUCUGAGGCUGAGCGUGCAGCUUUCCUCGAGGAGGACGCCAAACGUGCGAAGCGCAACCACAAGAUUGCGCAGUUGGCUAAAGACAAUGGUCUGAUGACACCUCAAGACAAGAACUUCAUCACCCGCAUUCAACUGCAGCAGCUCAUGACAGCGACCGGCAACCUGGACGAGAGAGGGCCCGAGGCUGCUAUUGCCGAGGACUUCUACUACCAGGUCUUCAGCCAGAUUCGGGGUGCUCCUCGCCAGAACCCUCAGCAACCAGCCAACCAGUUCGCUCAGACUUAUCUCUUCCAGACCAACAACAGGUUUGGCAACCGAAGGCACGGCCGAGGUGGUGACAACCACAUGCAGCGCAUGGAGCAGCAGAUCCAGCGCGCGGUCGAAGCUGCAAAGGCUAGGCCGAAGGCGAAGCAACUCGUUGUGGAGGGCAGUUUGGGCAAGAUUGCUUUCAGCAACUCCAAAACCCCGCGACCGCUUCUUAACAUCAAGCGUCCGGAGACAGGCGACAAGCCUAAGCCCAAGACAUCGAUCGCCGAUCGUAAAGACGCUCUGCGCAACAUUGAGGCUGUCUACCUGACCCUGAUGCAGAUGGAGGACCAUGAGCGAACCAUGCCACCACCUAUCAACGAGAACAGCGAUCCCGAGGCCAUCCAAGCCCACAUGGAGUGGCGCUCGAAGAUUGAGGCGCUGCACCAGAAGCUCUGGCAGGCUACCAAGAUCAUGGAGCCUAUCAACCCUCACGCACACGCACAGCAUCCCUUCAUUCAAAUCUUGUCGCACGCCAAGGGAAAGAAGGUCAUUCCUCGUCUCUUCCGUCACAUCGAUGAACAGGAGCGCAUAACGGUUGUCACUAUGAUUGUCGUUCAUCUCGACGGCCUGAACGUAGUUGGCCAUGCCAUCGCAACACCGGACGAGCCGUUGAGUCCUGCUAUCCGCGAAGACGUCGAGCUGUUCUCGCAGACCGUGAUGCCACCGCUUUUCGCGCACAUCUCUGAGUCGCCUCUCAACAUCAUCAUCGGCCUUCUCGGACUCAUCUUGGACCGCACCAACCUCCACGUCGUCGCACGCACUAAGAUCGGCCUGUCUCUCCUGACAAUCUUGAUCUCUCGUGCGGAGCUUCUGAAGCAAUCGGCUCCUGAGAUUGACGCCGGCGAUUGGGACCAGUGGACGAUACUGUACAACCGCCUCUUCGAUACCAUCGAGCCCGUGUUGCCUUACCUGUUCCCUGGCUCCAUCAACGACACCGACGACAUGUACAUCUGGCAGUUCCUGGCUGCCAUGGGCGUUGGUGCUAGCCCCGAGCAGCAGCAGAGGCUGGUCAUUGGUGUCAAGGAUCGUGUCAUGGAGACUGUCUCCGUCAGCAAGGCUCUGCCUGUGGAGAUGGCUGGAGCUCGCUUGGCCAACGUGAACCUGUUCAUGAGGGCUAUCGGUCUUGACGUCGAACUGCUUGGAUGAAGCUGCCACAGCAGUCAUUAAUUGGAGCCUGUUGAACGGAAGCCACUGCCUACUGCAGGCCACCUCGUGUGACUCAAGCAGAGCAACCAAGUAGCCACACCUCUCGCUACUCAGUCUCACCGACACGAUGCAGCACUUCACCGACCACUGCGACAUCAGUAAGCAGUCGACUAAGGUCGAAGGAGGCAGGCAUGCACUCAACUGUAGAGUGGAUGUCCGCCACACAGUACUCCCCUAUUUAUAAAGGAUGCUGACUACCCUGAAGUAGUGCAGGGAUUUUAUGCAUUGCGAUAGAUAUUCAACAGCCAUGUUACUCAGCAUUCAAAUUCAAG